AAAAAAAAAAAAAAAAAAAAACGUUCUUUGCCGAUCCACAUCAUGAUGGUGUGCGUUUACUUGCUUCCCGCCAAAAAGUGGCGAUGCGCGCGCCGAUGGUUGUAAAAGGCCAGCUGGUGCCUCUCGACUCGCCAGAAAACUACAAGCGUGACUGACACCCACCUCCGUUGUUUCUCACGUUUUUUUUUUUGUGUCUUCCUUCUCCUCUGCCAAAUAUCGCAGAUAAAACGGACCGGAAGGAACAAUGCUGGCCUCACUUCAGUCUCUGGCUCUGAGCCUUUCCCUCUUGGUUGCGACGACUGCGGCUCAGUCCAACCUCGUCGCGUCCCACUUCAAUGGAAACGUCUACUCGCUCGCCUUUUCGGGCUCGCAGUUGACGCUCAAGCAGACUCUCAAGGCCGGCGGGACGUGGCCGGCAUGGGUGACUUAUGACAAUGACACCCGAACCGUCUACGUCAACGACGAGGCCGGCUGGAUCGCCCCGACCAUAACCGCGCUUAGUGUCUCCGCCGACGGUACGCUGGCACAGACGGCUGCUGCGAGGAGCAAUGGCGAGGUGUACAGUGGCUUGUACGGGGGUGCAGAUGGCAAGGGGUUCAUUGCUGUAGUUCAAUACGAAAACUCGGGCAUAUGGACAUACAAACUGCCCAUCACAUCAUCCUCCCAACCGAUCCAGAAACUCGGCCCCUGGACCAUGACAAGCCCCGGUCCCAACCCAUCCCGCCAAAACAAGCCGCACCCACACUCGGCCUUCCCCGACCCGACCGGCCGCUUUCUGCUAACCGGCGACCUCGGCGCCGACCUGAUCCGUGUCUUCUCCAUCGACUCUACGUCUGGCCAGCUCACAUCUUGCGCCGACGUCAAAACCGGAGCGGGCGACGGGCCCCGCCACGGCACCUUCUUCACCUCUGGCAACUCCACCGUGCUGUACAUGGUCAACGAGCUCGCCAACACCGUCACCACCUACCGCGUCGGCUACCCCUCCACCGCCGGCGGCUGCCUGACCCUGACCAAGGCCCAAUCCAUCUCCACCAUGGGGCCCGGCAAGACCCCACCCGCGGGCUCCAAGGCCGCCGCGGUGCAGCUCGUCGGAGGCCGCCACCUGUACGUGACGAACCGCAACGACAAGACGUUUGGCGCUCAGCAGGACGCCAUCGCGCUGUACUCGGUCUCCCCCACCGACGGGCAGCUGACUUUUGUCGAGACUUCCAACUCGCACGCCUUCUUCCCCCGCACCAUGCAGGCCAACAAGGCCGGCACCAUGCUGGCGGUCGGGGGACAGACGUCGAGCAACGUCGUCGUCUUGGAGAGGGAUGCCCAGAGCGGGAGGCUGGGCCGCGUGCUGGCGAAUUUGGUGGUUGGCACGCUGGGUAGGGCGGGUGAGGAGGAUGGGUUGAGUGCUGUUGUUUGGGUCGAGUAG